AUUAAGACCAGUGGCGGACCGAGAAUUGUCGAAGAGGGGUGUCGCCGAUAAAAAUAAAAAUAAACAAAAAAAUUAAACAGAAAUUACUAGAAAUUAGUUCAUAAAUUCACAAUGUCAGGUUUACAACGAAUCACGACGACUUUUCAUGUCCUAAAAUAUUUUUAACAUACAUUCAUCCCUUAUGUUGCACAUAAACCCUUUUUCGAUAUACACAACUAAAAAAUCAUUCAUAAACUGGUCACCCAAUACCGAUUCCGAAGAUCACUCUUGAUGAUGAUGUUCAUAGCUGAAAAUGCUCUUUCGCAACUUGCAGUUGCAAUAGGUAAAGUCAACACCAACUUCAGAAGCAUGUAAACUAAAGAAUAAUAAGAUGAUGAAUACAUUUAUAAUAAUAAAUAAUUUCUAGUAUAAUGAAUGGGUGUUGUGUAUAGCUAUUAGAGCGGUACGUGUCAGAAAUUUCGUAUUAAAAUUUUUCGUACCAAGAAAAUAUAGGUACUUUACAAAAAUUUUGGGCGACCGACACCCCUAAGCAACACGUAGGUCCGCCCCUGGUUAAGACCACUCUCCCGCGAAGAAAAUGUACAUGCAUUAUGUUAGCUCGAGUCGAGGCCCUCAAUAACCUCUUGAAUGUUUGGGUAAUGACGUGGUGUAACAACAUCCGUCGGAUUCAUGAUACCCUAUAUAUCUAGCUAGCUAGUAACGUAUAGACUGUGGCAAGUAGCUAGCUAUCUUUUGGUGUUGGAAAUUAACUUAAAAUGAAAGCUGAAAGCAAGCUAGAGAAGGAGAGGAGUUAUUGCGUGAAUGCAUCAGCCGGCCCCGGCCGGCAGCCAUAUCAGCGAGAACAUGGAUACGCGAUCCACGAUCUAAGUAACAAGCGACGCCCAUAAUUCCCGGCCGGUCUUUUAAUUCGGGUUUGUUUUCCGGUAGCUAGCUUGCUAGCGUACAAACAAACAAGCAAACAAAUAGGAUUUUGUGAUUAUUAUGAUCAACUUCUUCCAUACCUAAUUCCUAGGGUGGCUCUUCGGUCUGGUCCGGUCCGGUUAAACUGAUCCGAAUUGAUUCGGUCGCGGUUCGGUUUUUUUAGAAUAUAAGGACCGAAAAUUAAAUUGGUUACAGUCCGGUUUUGAACUGGUCCGGUCCCAAUUUGGUCUUAAUUUUAGAUCGAGCUUGUGGGGAUUUGAGUGGCCUAAGGCCUGAAAGGGUGAGGAGGUUAAAUUUUGAGUGUUGGGCUCUCUUAUCCGGUCUUUAUCCGGUUUUCGAUCUGGUCCCAAACGGUUUUUUGUCUCAAAUCUAGGCUCGAAGAUUGGAUUAGAUUGGAUUGUUUGUUAUCCAAUCCUAGUCCGAUCUCGAUCCGGGUUAUACGGUCCAAUUUCGAAUAAAACCAAAAAACUCGGACCAAAUAGCCAACCUUACUAAUUCCCAUCUCGUUUUAUGUAUACUUUCCAACAGAUUUUCUCACACUGAGAGCGGACGUUGCAAAGCCCAUAUGUCUGCCUGCCGCCCCACUUCUUAGUUACUGCUGCUGCCUUUGCUUUGCACCUCCCACGAUGGUGCACAUGCUGCUGCUGCAAAUAUAUAUCGUCAAUGGGGGCCGGCCGCCAUGUUCAUGUGCUCACUCUACCACCCUCAACACGAAUCGCAAUCUACUGGCCCCUGCAUUCAAUAAAAAUAUAUAUAUACACAAAUAAUAGGUGCACAUCAGAAAGUCCAAAUUAAAUAAAUGGUCGUGAUGAAAAUAAGUAAGUUACGAAACUAAGAAAUGAGAGGCAUCAGUCCAUGGUAAAUUUACAUUUUAUUUCAUCAAUUGACGCGAAGUUAUUUUGCCAAUACGAUCAUAUAUGUUAGAGAGUGGUAUAAGAUCCAGCAUAGCCUUCUUCCAACAACUCGAGUUAUUGAGACCAACUGGUUUGUCAAGUGGUCGUGUGUUCGAAUCUCCACAACCCCUCAAUAUUAACAGUUGUCUUCAAGAAUAUAGUAUGAUGGGCUUGUGCAAACUUUAAGUUCAUGAGUUGACUUUCGUUUGAGGGGGCGUGUUAGAGAGGGAUUUUUCAUUAUGACAUUUUAGUACCAAAACUUUUCAAAUUUUACAUUUUGGUCCAAGCCUUGGAUGUCAUUUGGAUUCAUGGAUCAAUCCACCAAUCCAUUUGAUCCAAACUAUGAAUCCACCAAUCCAAUCCACCAAUCCACAAAUCCGAUCCAAUUAUCACCUCUAAUUGUAACUAUCCCAACCAAACUACCUAUUACCAAAACCAAACCACCCGCGUAAAGCUCCACCGACAGUUCUCCCGUCCCCUGGCCCGCGGGUCACCUUUCCAAAUUGAAAACUUAGAAAACGAAAUUGUGUAUUAAUAAUAAACAUCCUGUUAGUGUGUAUAGGGCUCGGCCCAUGUAUAUGUACAUAUGUAUCCACGUCCUUGGCCCAUCCCAUGCAUACGUAGACUUGAUAAAUGCAUGGAUUAGGGUUUAGGUCAUAUGUAGGUCAUAUAUAUUCCUCUGUACUCUUGGUUGAAAGACUUAAGAUGAAUAAGAGACCGCCGUUCUCCGUGGACUAGUCGGUAUUGCUCUCUGCAAUACUGGAAACCACGUAUAUCGUUUGUUCUGUUACUUUCAGCUCACAGGUUUACUAACAUGGUAUCAGAGCUUACGGCUAUGGAUUCACAGAGGCUCUCUGUUCGAUUGAAUCACAAGAACUACGCUUUAUGGGAAUUCCAAUUUCGCGUCUUCGUUGAAGGCCAUGGUUUGCUGGGGGUUCUCAACGGUACGACCGUGAAGCCGGCCGCGCCGGCUACGGAUCAAGAGAUUGCUCGCUGGGAGCAAAGUGAUGCCCGGAUUCGCUCCUGGUUGCUUGGUUGCGUGGAUCCCAUGAUUGCUUUGGGGCUUCGGAUGCAUUCAACAGCCCAUGGGAUGUGGGCUCAUCUUGCGGCAACCUAUUCCACCGUCAACACCGCACGCCAAUUUGAACUUCAGAUUGCUUUGGGGCGGCUGGAGCAAGGGAACAAGGAUGUCGCAUCCUACUUUAGUGAAGCACAGGAGCUGUGGAUCGAGCAGGAUCUGCUUACAGCAUCGCUGCGAUCCAAGGAGGCCUCGGCUGAGGUCAUGGAAGAACGGCAGCAUGCGCGCCUCUGCCAAUUCCUGAUGAAACUCCGCCCGGAGUUUGAGACCGUUCGGUCCACGCUGCUGAACAGGGAUGACUUGAAGCUCGAUGGGAUCCUCGGCCUUCUCGUUCGCGAGGAGAUUCGUCUCCGCACCCAGGCCCAGCUGGACAUUCGCCCUGGCAAAGGAGAGACGGUAAUUGCGGCAUCAGCGGUUUCUGAUCAGCUGUCAUCGGCUGCUUUUGCUGUCCAAAAGCCUCACUUUCAGCGACGUGUAGCGGCUGCUGAUGUGGAGUGCCAUCACUGUCACGAGAAAUGCCAUUAUCAAAAGCAUUGCCGCAAGAAAAACUUCUGUGUAUACUGCAAGAGUCGUGGGCACAUCGUGACUGAUUGCAAAUCUGCUCAGCGUGCAGCGGCGCGCGCUAAUGAUCCUCGUUCCACCUCUACGGACCGCGCCGGGGGAGAUCGACCUGUCUAUGCAACCCCGGCGGCUGUGGACGCGGCCCCUCCGUCGGCGAUCAAUGCUGCUGCUGCCGAGCAGCUCGUGAGUGCUGCUCUCCAAUGUUCUCUUCCUAGCGCUAUCAGUAGCGCAUUUGCUGCUCUCCAAGUGACAGGACACGAUGACGGGGAGGCAGAUCGGGCGAGGGAGUAAGAAGGGGAGGGUCUUUCAUCUCGAGGAGCUCUCGAGUUUAGUAUCACCAUCGUCAUCAUCAGUUAGUUCAACCCUUGUCAGUAGUCCUUCUAGUAGUUCAGUCGAUAGAACCAUUGUUCCGUUGGUGUCUAGUGUCUCGGCCUCGUUGGCCUCUUUUCCUGUGUCUUCGUCUUUGUCGAGUAAAUCUGAUAAUGUAUGGGAUUUGUGGCAUGCGCGGUUGGGUCAUCCAAACUCGGCACGCCUUUUGGCUAUGUUUAAACAAAACCUUCUUGGGAAAAAUAAGAUGGAUGGUACUGCUUCACAUUUAUGCACGAGUUGUAUUGAAGCAAAGAUUACGAGUAUUCCUUUUCCCUCCAGUACAACUGUGAUUUCUGAACCAUUUCAUCUUAUCCAUACUGAUUUAUGGGGGCCGUCCCAAGUGGUUUCUCGUCAUGGUUUCCUUUAUUUUGCCUUGUUUGUCGAUCAUGCUACCCGGUUUACGUGGGUUUAUUUUCUCCGCUUAAAAUCAGACUUGUUUGUUGUUGCUUCGGAAUUUUUGAACAUGAUCCGAACUUAGUUUGAACGUCCGGUCAAGAUUGUUCGGUCUGAUCCCGGUGGGGAAUUUAGUUCACACCCUCUCCGUGACCUUUACCGCUCCCUUGGCAUCCUUAGUCAAAAAUCCUGUCCUGAUGUUUCCCAGCAAAAUGGUCUGGUUGAGAGGAAAAACAGACAUGUUCUCGAUCUUACCAGGGCACUGUUGCUAGCUUCUCAUGUUCCCAUGUCUUUUUGGCCUGAGGCCGUUGCCACGGCUGUUCGUCUCAUUAAUUAUCAGAUUACUCCUGUUCUGGGUCAUAAGAGUCCUCAUUUUGCCCUAUUUGCAUCUCAUCCUGAUUAUUCGCGUCUUAGGGUGUUUGGAUGUACAUGUUUUGUCCUCCUGUCCAAGAAAGAGCGUCCUAAAUU